UCGAGCACUCCAUUCAGCUCGUGCCUGACUAUCGUGUUCACCACCAGGCACCCUACAGACUCUCGAUCCCCGAGGCCACCGAACUCAAGCGUCAGCUUGAGGAGCUCCUGAGACUGGGUUUCAUUAAACCCAACAACUCCCCGUGGGGUGCACCCGUUCUCUUUGCUCGCAAAGCGGAUGGAACUCAUUCUUCUCUGCAUCGACUACCGCGGUCUCAACCGCUACACGGUUAAGAACAACUACCCCAUGCCUCGUUCCGAUGAGCUGUUCGACCGCCUAGCAGGCAACCGCUUCUUUACGAAGAUUGAUCUUCGUAGCGGUUACCAUCAGAUCCGCGUCGCUGCAGCCGACCAGCCGAAGACCGCGUUCCGAUCGCGAUUCGGCCACUACGAGUUCACGGUGAUGCCAUUCGGCCUCACCAACGCACCCGCUACCUUCCAGAGGGUGAUGAACGACAUCUUCAGGGACAUCCUGGAGCAGUACGUUCUCGUCUACCUCGACGAUAUCCAGGUCUAUAGUCGUAUCCUUAAGGAGCACCUCAGACACCUCCGCGACGUCCUUGACCGCUUGCGCAGACAUGGCGUCUACGCCAAGCUAAGCAAGUGCCGCUUUGCCCAGCACAAAGUGGAUUUCUUAGGACACUACGUGUCUGACCAGGGUCUUCACAUGGACGACGCGAAGAUCACUGCUAUUGCGGAGUGGCCCGCUCCCACAUCCGCCAAGCAGCUUCGCAGCUUCCUAGGCCUGACCAGCUACUAUAGUAACUUCAUCCGGGGAUACGCUAGUGCACGUGAGGUCGCCGACAUCGUAUUUGACCGAGUCGUGCGUGACCACGGCUUACCUCUGAGCAUCAUAUAUGACCGUGACCCGCGCUUUACCAGCCGAUUCUGGCGACGGCUUCACGAGGUGUACGGCACUCAGCUCCGCUUCUCCUCGUCUUACCAUCCUCGGACUGAUGGUCAGACCGAGAUCACGAACAGGACUCUCGGGGAUAUUCUCCGAAAGAUUGUUCGUGACGACCAGCAAUGGGAUCUCCAUCUUGCCCACGUGGAGAUAGCCUACAACCACGCCGUCUCGCCAGCCACGGGGAUGUCGCCUUACUAUUGCGACCUCGGCUAUCACCCGCGUGUUCCCGUGGACUUCCUUCGACCGUCCCAGAUGCACCCCGACACGAGUUGUCCCGCACUGGAUGAUUGGGUUGCGCACAUAACGUCGAUUAUGAAGACCACACAUGAGCACAUAGCCGCUUCCCAGACUCGCAUGGCAGCACGUGCGAACCGAUCGAGGAUGGAUCACCCAUUCAAGAAAGUGUCGCACAUAUUUUCCCUCGGAAUCAAAAGCGGUUAACGGGUAGUUGAAAAUUCAAGAAUGAAAAUUAUAAAGUGAG